UGCCCCUACCUCUGUAACUCUGUUCCUAACAAGAAAAAAUUAGAGUUUAAAGAGACUCAAGAAGAAGAAGUUGUUCUUGAAAGAGAAGCUGAGUGAUCCUUAACUUAUCAUCAGAGAGAGAGAGAGAGCACAACUGAAGAACAUUAUGGUGGAAGCAGCCUACCCUCAACUGCUAAGAUAGUGACUUCAGAAUGCAAUUGCUUUUGAGAUGUUUGAACAACAGCUAACUGUAAUCUGUAACUAUUUAAUAGGUGAAUAACCAUCCUUCCUACCUUCUAAAAUUAUAUCGACAAGUGAUUCUUAACAACCAUACAAUUUUACGAUAAACGUCCUUCUGUAACAUAGUUUUGUAUGUCCUCUUUACAAUUGUAUUGGUUUUUGUUAUUCUUGGAAGUUUUGGGAAUCUUAUAGCUUCCACAUUAGAGUUCAUGUUCUAAAAUCUUAAUGUUCACUCGAGUGGGUUUGUAUACUUGUAGUUGACUAACUAGUUUCACUUCUUAAUGCUAUGGAUAAGUAUUUAAUAAAGCAACAACAAUUAGGAAACUAUUAAUGAUAGUUAUAAACAAAGUCUUAUGAAAAUCAACUUACACGAUUUUCUUGCAAAUCUUGCAUCAUGGAUUAGGCUUUCUUUUAUAUAUUUAUUUUAAUUUGUAUUUACAUAAUAACAUAUAAGAGGUCCGCCCAAAAUUUAAAUCUUAGCUCCACUCCUACAUAUAAGUAUAAUUAUAACAGACAUGACCUGUUAGCCGAUCUACCUACUAAUUAAACAUCUACCUACAUAUUGCUUGGAAGUUCAGAAACCUACAUUUUUCUAUAUGAUAGUUAGUCCAUUUCAUCCUCCCAUGAUAAUAUUAAGAGUAUGGCUCAAUUUAUAAAAGUCUUGUCAUUUGUUUUUUAAGUAAAUAAUUACUUUAAUUAUUGGAAUCUAGAAAGUGUACAUCCAAAGCAAUCAAUCUGCAACCACUUGCAUCUUGUGUGUUGGUUUAAUUAACAACAGGUCUGCAGUUCUCCUCCUUUGUAUCAGAGUUCAAUUUUUCUUAUAUCUAAACAACAAUGUUAUAGUGUGCAGUGAUCAGUUUCUUUCCCUUGUUUUUAGUGGGAUUGGAGAAGGAAAAAGAAAUCCCAUUUGGGAAUCACUAGAUAGGAGAGAUGGAAAGCCAAGAAAGAGAGCAUAUCCCUCUUCUCACCCCUUACAAGAUGGGUAAUUUCCAACUUUGCCACAGGAUUGUUUUGACACCGAUGUCAAGGUUUAGAUCUUACAACAGUCUUCCUCAAUCACAUGCUAUCUUAUAUUACUCUCAAAGAGCCACCGAUGGAGGCUUUCUCAUUGCUGAAGCUACCGCUAUAUCACCUGCUGCUCAAGGGUUUAGGGAUGUUCCUGGCAUAUGGUCAAAGGAACAUAUUGAUGCAUGGAGACCCAUUGUGGAUGCUGUUCAUGCCAAAGGCGGCAUAUUCUUUUGUCAACUUUGGCAUCCUGGGAGGGCUUCAGAUCAAACAGGUUUUGAGCCAAACACAGGAAGCUCUCCAGUCUCUUCGACAGAUAGAGCAUGUAGUUUUGUGGAAAGCGACGGUGAAGUUUUGUUUGAAUUUCCAACCCCUCAAAGACUAAAAGCUGAAGAAAUUAUUGUAAUUGUUGACGAUUUCAGAGUUGCAGCAAGGAACGCUAUGGAAGCUGGCUUUGAUGGUGUCGAAAUCCAUGGGGCAAAUGGUUAUCUAAUUGACCAGUUUUUAAAAGAUCAAGUCAAUGAUCGAACCGACGAGUAUGGAGGUUCGUUAGAGAAGCGUUGCAGAUUCGCCCUUGAAGUAGUGGAAAUCGUGGCAAACGAGAUUGGAGGCGAGAGAGUUGGCAUUAGACUCUCACCAUUUUCAAAUCACAUGGAUUCAGUAGAUUCAAACCCAGAAGCUUUAGGUGUUUUCAUGGCUAAAUCACUCAACAAAUACGGCAUUCUUUAUUGCCACAUGGUGGAGUCAAGAACUGAAGUUACAGAAGAGAAAAGUGAAUGUUUGGUUCCUAUGAGACAAGCCUUUAAUGGUACUUUUAUUGCAGCCGGUGGGUACGAAAGGAGAAAUGGUAACGAUGCUAUAGCCCAGGAACGUGCGGAUCUUAUAGGUUACGGUCGUUUGUUCUUGGCUAAUCCUGAUUUGCCCAGAAGAUUUGAACUUGAUGCUCGGCUUAACAAGUACAAAAGAGAAACAUUCUAUACGAGCGAUCCAGCUGUCGGCUACAGCGAUUAUCCUUUUCUUGAAAUGCCCGAUUAAUGCGGGAAAAAGCCUGUCGGAAUGGGAACAUAUUUAUAGGUCUGUAAAGCCGUUAGUAGGAGUUUCCGUCAAGAUAUGUUACAUGCGUAAAAUGGGGUUUAGAUGAAUGAGAAAUUGACUAUCAACUAGGUUACUGAAAUCGAAACUUCACUUCUAUC